UUACGUGGCUCUCUCCUGUUAAUCUCUAUCCGAGUAAUGAUGGGAACUUAUAUUACGAGAUUAUGCACAAUAUUGUCAUUUUUAUUUUCCAAUUUUAGAAACAUUUGAUAUUGGCGUGAUGGAUGAUAUAAUUUUCUAUUAUCUGCCUCAUCCAUGGCACACCGACAAGAUUCUCAAGGAGUUCAAAUUGAGAACUACACACUGUACAGAAUUAGUGCAAGCGCACUGUGUGACGUGUCUGAGAAGAAAAAUGGCACGUUGUGCUUGUAGAGAGCUGGAAAACGACGUGAUUGUGAGGUCUCUACUGGCCGAGGCUUCGUUCUCUUUCUUUGAUCGACAAACAUCGGUAAAAGCAUUAAGGCGCCAAUUUCAAAUUCUUAGUCCCCUUCUUCCUCAUCAGCUCCUCUCUGAUGAACGAUUGAGAAAGCCUGAACCUGCGAACCUACGAUGCGAGCUCGGUUUCUCAACAUCGAUUACUUCUCUUGGGCAUCGGAAACCCUAGCCUUCCUGAAUCUACCGGUUGCUGACAUUCUCCCAUCGCAGUCGCAUCCCUUCUCCGUCGAGGAAGAUAAGCGUAUCCUAUUUGGUUCCGUUGAAGAUUUUCAUGUCCCGAUCGGAAAGUUACCUAUUGAAGCUGCUUUGUCCAAGUUCUUGUUCGAUGUGGUUCCUGAUCGCUUCGGUGUGGAGGAGUACGGAGAUUUUGAGAUCAAUGACUCUCCGAUCCGAGGUUGUGGCUAUGGCGAUACAAGGUCCCUUGGAUUUGGAGCUUCUCACUUCCGGGAGAAUGAUAAUGGAGCUGCUGUUGAGCAUAGAGAUACACAAAGUUCUAAAAUCAUCCAGUUCGAGACUCAGGAAUUGGAUUUUGAAAUGGAAAACAUGCUCUUGUCCAAGAUGGAGGAACUACAAUUUUUCUUGGAAGUUCUAGAGGUCGAUACUGAGCCGGAUAACUUUGGCAAGUCAGAUGUUACCCUGCAGAACAGAUAUGAGAUUCAACAAAAGAUCUAUCUUGUUGACUAUAUUUCUUCAAAUUACUUCACAGAACCAAAUACCUUGUUAACAGACGAGGAGUGUUUUCUCAAGAAUAAAAAACGCUCCGGAGAUGACAGGUUUCCUCUUCUAGAAGUGGAUGAAUUAGGUUUGAGCAUACUGUCAACCUUGCCUAUUGAGAAUGAACGAUUUACUGUUCUUGAAACGAUUGAAUCUCAAAAGGGGAAAGCGGAUUUUCUCCUUAUUGAUGCUAAGGACCUUAUGCCUUCUGUGGAAAAUGAUCUACUAGAGAUCCUUUCCAAUGAUUACCACUCAAACCAGAGUCUUCAGUCUGAAGGGGAAGCCUUGGGUACAUUUGCUGAAAUAAAUAUCUUAACUAUCCUGGAAACACCACAAGCUGAGGGAAUCUUUCAACUUGAUCAGGGAAAGCUGUGUUUUGAUAAUGACUUUACCAAGAUUUUGCUAAUUUUUGAGGAAAUUCAGAUCUUAAAUAUCGAGAUAUCUGAUGUUUUUGAUGCCUUCAUUUGUCUUCAGAGAGCCAUUGAACCAGAAUCAUGCUACUCCAUGUUCAGGGAAGAGAUGAACUUUAAGAAUUUCACUGAAUUGGUUGUCAGUCCUGAACUUGCCUUCACAGAUGGCAUCUUUAAGUCGUUGCCUACUCCAGUUUUGUGUGACCAUGAAAAGACAAGAUCACUGGAUCUCAUUUUUGAGGAUGUUUUGUCAAAGCUAAAGCACCAACCUUUGCCCGCAUCUAAUGACAUAUACUUGGACUGGCAUCUUUUGGAGGAAAAUAUACACAGCCGCGAAGUACCAUUGUGUGGUUACGCUUGUGAUGAAAUAGUUUCGUGCAGUAUUGAAUUUGAUUGGGAAUUUUCAGAAGGAGACAAAUGGGUUUUUGACUUUGUUUUCUCUGAUACGGCUUUUACCGAGCCUUGUGAAGAAAGAUGCAAAGAACCUCUUAAUACUAAUUCUGCACUUGAUGAUCAUACUUUUGUUCCUACCUCAGGAGAGUUAUUGGACGACUCUUGUCCAAAACUAGGAACUGGGAAAUAUGGAAGGGAUGGUGACGCUGAGAAGGCUACAUUAUUGUUCAAGUCAAUGUCAGCCUUUGAUGACUUAGCUUUUUUCAUGAAUCCUCAGAAAGCUGUGAUUGAAGAGAAUGUUGGCUCUAGACUGGAAGCUUCCAGGACUGAAAACCAUCCAAUUAUUUCCAGUGAUUCAAACGCUUCAUGCACAUCUGGUGGAAUGCACCUGAAGACAGAGAAUGUCAUUUUCCACAGAGUCGGCUUGUCAGAUAAUAUUGUUGCCCUUGCCCGGGAUUUUGAGAAGAGCUAUUUAGCUCUUUUGAAGGAUGAAGAGGAGUUAAUUUCAGCUUUAUCAGCAGAUAGACAUCAGUUGCUCAGUAUUUCAAAAGGAAAGCUGAUGGACUGCAUAAGGAAGGCAAAUAUCUCGAAAACAUGUUCAGGGGGAGAUGUUAAGACUUUCAUGUUUGCAUUACUACUGGCAAUUAAACAAAUGACAUGGUAUAUGUGUUUCUUUGGCAUCCAUGUGGCUCACCUGUAUCUUAACAAGUUAUGUCGGAGCUCAAAUCCCAUGAAGUUAGGAUUGCACGCGCUCUACUCAUCAAUUGAAAGAGCUCGAAUGUUAGUUGACAUCGACAUCACAAGAUCACAUCCAUCACUAGCUCUAAUCCAGGGAAUUUUGCAGUCAACAUUUGCUCAGACUAAUUCCAAAGCAUUAAUUUUGGCUGAUCAAAUCUUUUGGUCCUCAUUGAAGAGGCUGUUGAUGUCUAUGGGGUUAUCUUACAAUGUUCUCAACAGUCCCUCAUCUACAGUCGCAAAUCAAGCAGAUGAGAAUCAAGCCACAGAGUUUAAGAUGUCAGAAAUUGGUUCCCUGCUGAGUUCAGAUUGUCUAAUUGUUGCACACAAGCAAGUUUCCCCCACUUUGCAAUUUGAAAGUUUCAGCAUCGUUGUAGAAUAUGGAGGUUCAUAUGCCUCAGCCAGAAUUUUCUCUGAUUUCCCAAAGUUGCCUCCCUUUCCUUGUUUCCAUUUCAUAAAAGUGGAACUGGAUAUGUCCAGUGCAUGUGAACAGCUUUGUGAAGGUGUCGCAAUACCUCAUAAUCCUAAUGUGACCAAGGUAGAUGAUCCUGUGACAAGCACUGGAUGGUUGGAAGAACUGUUGAAUUUUGUUCCACUUGAUGAUGUAUGUUCUGUAGGAUCAUCAGAAGCGACAGAUGAAUUUAAACUUUUCUCCAUGCCUCAACAAUCUGGAGGCAAAAGUGGUCUCAUUCAAGAGGAAACUGUCUCUGGCUUGAGAGCUGUGGUUGUUGUGAAUACAAGAAAUGCUGACAAGGAAAUGAUAGUAUCCAGAAGAAGUACAUACCAAAAGAUUUUGGCAAUGGAGAAAGAAGGAGUGCAAGUUGUGGAGCGCGAUUCAGAUAUACCUGUGGAUCUAAUGCUCAGUUCUGCAGUUUGCUUACUCUGGUAUGAUUGUGAAAAUAUCAGCACGAGAUCUGCGGCAGCUGGUCGUGCUUCCUCAAGCUCACUUUCGUGGAUUGGGGAUAUCGCAACCAAUGUUUUGACAUUGUUGAGUUUUACUUUCAGCUGCUGCAUUAUGGUUUUUGAGGGGGAAACCGGCUACCUGACCACAAUAAUGGAAUCAUCUGAUGAGCUCUAUGCAGCAGCAGCUAGCCUGGGAAUCAAUUUGCAGAUCUUUUGUUCAUCGUCAACUGAUUUAACAGAUGAAAUUAUACUGAGGUGCAUCACAUAUCCUUUCGAGUUGACCCAAGUCCAGGCAAAGAUGCUCGAGUCAGAAUCUCUUGCAGAAUCAUUUCUCACCAAAUUUCCUUCGGUUAAUCCACUGACUUCUCAUGCGAUUCUGUCAUCUGGUAGCCCACUAAUUGAGUUCAUGAAGCUUCCACGUGACAGCAAGGUUCAAAGGAUGAAAGAGUGUAAUGUUUCAGAGGAGAGUGUUGAUCUGUUUACUGCUCUUUGCAGAUAUGGUGCGAGGGAGGAUUCCAAAUCUGUUAUGACAGAAAGCUCCUCUUCCAUAUCUUCUGGAGCAGACUCAGACACAUACCGUUUUAGUGUUCUCUCUGCAUCGAAAAAGCAGCAGUAUACUGAUGCUGCUAAGAAAGUUGACAGUGAUGCGGACGAGCUAGUUCACUUUGAUUCCUCAACUAAACUAGCUGAUGCACACAUGAAUCCUUCUGGAGUGAUUGAACUUGAUUAUUCAUGGCCAUCUGGAGAUCCUGAGAUACUCCAUUUUGAGCCCUUGACUGAAUUAUCUGAUGCACACCUCAAGCAUGAUUCUUGGCUAACUAGAGAUUCUGGUAUAUUUGACUACCACCCAGAACCUGGUUCGUCACUAAAGGGCACGUUUUGGCAAAAGGAUCUAGAAGGUUUUGAUGUAGGUAACAAUGUUCCUGGGGUUUCUGCGGCAGAAAAUUGGAGUUUGCCCUUAAGAGAUGAUGAUUUCAUGAACCAGAACCGAGGAUGUAAGUAUUCAGAAGCAGAAAAACCGACAUCGCAUGAGAUUGGGAACUCAGGGAGUUUCAUUGCAGACAACAGAGGUGAAGUUAUUAAUGCAGAUAAUGAAUUUCUGGGUGAAGAUUUUUUGCCUUCUACGAGUUUUAGGCACUUUCCCUCUUCAGGUUCUGAUGCAGCCAAAGACAUUCCAAGAAAGCCAAAAACUGCGAGGUUGAGAUCAACCAUGGCUGAGAUCAACUUUAGUUCUCAUAGAUUGACCGCUGACAACGAUCCAAGAGAAUUUUCCCAUAUAAAUGAUAAACAUGCUGCUUUGCAUGACAAUGAUGAUAAUUUUCCGUCAAAACGCCAGAAGAUCCUUUUGGAGCAGGUCUUAACGCAGAGAUCUGUGGGGUCUACAGAGCUGCCGUUUAGAGAAGAGAUAUCACAUUGUGGUAAAACUCCGCUAUCAAAUGCAAUUCAUUCGUCCAAUCAACAAGGUUCACCCUGGACAAUUGAGUUUCUUAACAGAAUCCGAGAAAGAAGUCAAGCACGACAAAAAGCUCGUCCCGCAUUUGUUAUUACUACUUUGGAAUCUCCAAGAAACACAAUGAAAGCAACCAGUACCAAGAGGAAGAGUCCUUCAAUACUAGAGUUUUUCAAGCACAAAGGAGGCAAAACACUGAAUAAUUUGCCAGAAGAGAAAAAGCAGAAGCAAUCUAAGCAAUCUUUAAUCUCGCCUCUUAAGUCAUGGACACCGGUUGAUAAGCGAGCAAAGCAGUCCCUAUCAUUUGCAGUGAAUGGAAGAGGAAGCCAAACAAAACUGGUUUGGAAAUAAGGAAUUUAUCAUGCCUUCAGUGUAAACAUUUAAGAUCGCAGCAACAAUAUUUCAGUGGCCACAGAUUCAACUUCGGUGUUUCAGAUUUUGGAGGUCGGUAUCUCAUUCCCCGCGUAUAAAAAUAUCUCUGUUACUACCAAAUAGGUAACACAGCAAAGACAAAAUUAAGUUUAAUAAAUACUUAAGGGAUCCGUUUUUAAACUGGAGUUGUAGGUGUGUAGAUCUGAUCUAUCCUUUCGUAGGUAAGCCUGCUCUGAUAAAGAUAGAACU